AUGUCGAGUUACAAUAGUCAUAGUCACCUGAAUCCAUAUGAGUAUGACUUGGACUCAGGUGUUCCUGAUUUAGCCACGUCAAAUGGAACUAGUAACCAUAAUAAUAACAAUAAUCAAAAUAGUGAGACGUUCUUAUCAAGAAUAUUUGGUCUUAAUUCAAUCUAUAAUCAAUUAAAUGAAAACUAUCAAUAUUAUGAUCUUGAAGGUGAUUAUAAUCCUGAAGUGCCGAUAAAUGAUAUCAAUGGGAUUGAUGACGAUGACGAAGAUAAUGUUGAUGGCGAAGAUAAUUUAUUGAUAAAGCUGGCUGCAUCAUCAUCUUCACAACAGCAAGCAUCCACGCGACUAUUAUCACAACAACCACAGAGGAAUAUCAAAUCACCCCUUGGUAAUAACGCAUUAUUGAAUUCUGAUCCUGAAUCUGAUCUUGAUCUGGAUAUAGAUGUUGAUCAUCAGAUUUAUAUCACUCCUCCUGCUGAAAAUGAUAUAAAUCGUGAUCGAGCCUCACCAAAGAUAAACAAUGAUUCAGGGCAAGCAUCAACCAAAUUACCAUUCAAUGAUGUUGUUCGUAAACCCAAUGACUUCUUAAAGAGAAGAACUCAAUCUCCAGCUCAUGAAUUGCCCUUAUACAAUCAAUUCAAUCCAUCCCAAUCUCAAACUCAAUCUCAAUUAUUACAAAGUCAAUUUAGAAAACCAAUCAAUAAUGUUCCUGAUGUGAAUCCUACUAAUACCACUAACAAUAUUUAUCAACCAUCACGGAAUAAAUCAACCAGAUAUAUCAUCACUCCAAAGGAAAGAGCAUUAUAUUUAUGGGCCAAUAUCACUAAUAUGGAUGAAUUCUUAAAUGAUAUUUAUUAUUAUUAUCGUGGAAGAGGAAUAUUAAACAUUGUAUUGAGUAAAUUGGUUGAUUUAUUGAAUUUAAUCUUUAUAUUAUUCUUCACUGUGUUUUUAAAAUGGGGGAUUAAUUAUAAUUAUUUCAUUCAUAAUUUUAAUAAUAAUAGUGAACAUUUAACGUUAAGUGAUUUAAUUAUUCCUAAUUUCUUUUGGAAUAAUGUUCCCUUCAUCGUUAAGUUCUUCCUUUUUGGUUUCACAUGUUAUAUAAUCCUUCGAUUAAUUCAAGUUUAUUUCGAUUAUAAUUAUAAAUUAAAAGAAAUUCGGAAUUUCUUUAAAUAUCUUAUUAAUAUUAAAAAUGAUGAUGAAUUAAUGACAAUCAGUUGGAAAACUAUCGUGGAAAGAUUAAUGCUCUUAAAGGAUUAUAACAGUUUAACUUCAACCAAUACCAAUAAUCCCAAUCAACAACAUUAUAUCAAUGAUUUACGGUCAAAAGUAAGAUUAAAUGCUCAUGAUAUUGCUAAUCGAAUAAUGAGAAAGGAAAAUUAUAUGAUUGCUUUGAUUAAUAAGGAUAUUCUUGAUUUAUCAGUUAAUUUCUCAAAGAUUUUUGGAUAUCAAUUAAUCACUAAUAAAUCAGUAUUAACUAAAACUUUAGAAUGGAAUUUGAAGUUAUGUAUUUAUGAUUUCAUAUUCAAUCAUGAAGGUCAUAUCCAACCUAAUAUUUUAAAAGAUUCUCAUCGAAAUCAAUUAUCAAAAGAAUUAAAUUCUCGAUUUAAAAUGGCAGCAUUGAUAAAUUUAUUAUUAUGUCCUUUUAUUGUGAUUUAUUUCGUUUUGCUUUACUUUUUCCGUUAUUUCAAUGAAUAUAAAUCAAAUCCAUCAUCAAUUGUGGGAUUAAGAGAAUAUACUCCUUAUGCGGGUUGGAAAUUAAGGGAAUUUAAUGAAUUACCUCAUUUCUUUCAUAGAAGAUUACAAUUAUCGAUUGGACCAGCUAAUACCUAUAUUAAUCAAUUCCCCAGAGGAUUCCUCGUUAUUAAUGUGAUGAAUUUAAUUAAUUUCAUUUCAGGUUCAAUCUUGGCAGUUUUGGUUAUCAUGGGUUUACUUUUAGAGGAUGAAGCUCAUAGUUUUUGGUCAUUUGAAUUAACAGAAGGUAAAUCAGCUUUAUUCUAUAUUAGUUUAUUUGGUACUAUUUUCGCUGUAACUUCAACUUCAUCGUCAUCAUCAUCAGCUACUUCUACUCCUAAUCAACUUAAUAAUAAUUCAACUGGUAAUGAAUUGAAUACUUUUGUAUAUGAUCCAGAAGCAAGUUUAAGAUAUGUGGCUCAAUUCACUCAUUAUUUACCUACUAGUUGGAAAAAGAAAUUACAUACUAUUGAAGUUAAGAAUGAAUUCUGUGAUUUAUUCAGUUUAAAGAUUAUUAUUAUCUUGAAUGAAAUUCUUAGUUUGAUAUUAACUCCAUUUUUAUUAUGGUUUAAAGUGUCGAAUAAUUCAGGUGCCAUUAUUGAUUUCUUUCGAGAGUAUAGUGUUCAUGUCGAUGGAUUAGGAUAUGUUUGUUCAUUUGCUAUGUUUAAUUUUGAAGAAAAGGAUAAAAAUAUGAUGGUUGAUAUUAAUCAUAGAAAGAAAUUGAAAAAGCAAAGACAUAAAAUGAAGAGGCAAAUGCAAUUAAAUAAAACUAAUAAAAAGGUUAUGAGUUCAAGUACAGCAAAUGAAAUGGAAUUGAAUAAUAUAAAAUCGAAGAAAAGAGAUAAAUUCAUUCAAUCAGAUAGUGAAGGCGAUGAUAGUGAUAAUAAUAAUGCUGUAUCUGAUUUUGAAGGAGAUGAAUAUGAAUUUGAUGAUGAUUUAAAUAUGGAUUAUAAUCAAAAUGAAAAAAUGUUUAGAUCAUACAUGUAUUUCCUUGAAAGUUAUGGUGGAGGAGGUGCUGGCUCGAGCACAACUGUUAAUAAAUCAACUGCAAAUCAUCUUAAUAAUAGUACAAACAAUAUCCCUAAUAAUAAUGGAGAUGCAUCGAACUACUACCAAGAUAGUGUUCAUCUUAACGGUCAUCAUAACAAUAACGGAAUCAUAGUUAAUCGUUCUACACCAACACCCCAGAAUGAUCCAUCAGGCCAACAUAUCAGGUUCCAGGGUUUAAACAAUAGUAAUGUCAUUAAUACCAAUGGAAGUGAACAUCAUAGUUUAGCAGAAUCAUAUAAUAUCAAUUAUAAAUUCGAUGCCGAUGAUAUUCAACGCGAUUCGAAAAAGGGAAAUAAAGGUGGAUUCUUCGCUAUUGUUAAUCAAGUUGUCAAACAAGAUUUUGAUCGUUGA